CGGCGGGCGGCCAAUCGCCGUCCUCGGGGCCUCCCAGCACCAGGCGGGCCGCGGCUGCCCGGGGGCACAGGAGUGCCGGGGGCGUGGAGGCGGCCUGGGCGCGGCGGGGGCCCGGAGGCACAGAGGCUGCCUGGGCGCGCAGGAGGCCUGGAAAUCUGCACGGCCCCCCGGAGACGACGCCUCUGCUAGGCACGGCUGGAGGCCGGGGAGUCCGUCCCACCCACCGCGCCCAGGCGCGAGCCGGCCCCUGGGUGCCCACUGCGCGCGGAGCCGCGGACCAUGUCGGUGUCUGACCAGGCCUUUGUCACGCUGGCCACCAAUGACGUCUACUGCCAGGGGGCCCUGGUCCUGGGGCAGUCACUGAGGAACCAGAGGCUGACCAGGAAGCUGGUGGUGCUGAUCACCCCUCACGUGUCCAGCCUGCUCAGGGUUGUCCUCUCGAGGGUGUUUGACGAGGUGAUCGAGGUGAACCUGAUAGACAGUGCCGAUUACAUCCACCUGGCCUUUCUGAACAGACCGGAGCUAGGAGUCACCCUCACCAAGCUUCACUGUUGGACGCUGACCCGUUAUAGCAAGUGCGUCUUCCUGGAUGCAGACACCCUGGUGCUGUCCAAUAUCGAUGAGCUGUUCGAGAGGGGCGAGUUUUCUGCAGCCCCGGAUCCCGGCUGGCCGGAUUGUUUCAACAGCGGCGUCUUCGUCUUUCAGCCCUCCCUUGAGACGCACGGCCUCCUGCUGCAGCACGCCACCGACCACGGCAGCUUCGACGGGGCAGAUCAAGGCUUAUUGAACAGCUUCUUCAGCAGCUGGUCGACGGCCGAUAUCCACAAGCAUCUGCCAUUCAUCUAUAACCUGAGUAGUAACACCGCAUACACCUACAGCCCCGCCUUCAAACAGUUCGGUUCGAGUGCAAAGGUGGUCCACUUUUUGGGGUCCAGAAAGCCUUGGAAUUACAAGUACAAUCCACAGACUGGCUCGGUUUUGGAGGAGGGCUCCGAGCUGGUCACCCAGCACCAGGCAUCGUUUCUCAAGGUCUGGUGGGGCAUCUACCACGGCAGCAUCCUGCCUCUUUACGAAAGCAUCCGGGACGAGCAAGAACACGCAUCUCCAGGAGGCACGGCUUGCCUCGGUGGCGUUGGGGCACCAUGUGCAAAUUCAGCUCCCAGUGCUGAGGGGCCGUGUGCAAAUUCUGUGCCCAGUGCCAGAAACCUGUGUGCAGAUUCAGCGGUGGGGUCCAGCCAGGCGUGGCCUGCUGAGGAUCCUUCAGAGACGAACGUGGGAGUGGACGAGACCCUACCCUCACCUGAAGGAGGCCAUUCUGAAGACGCAAGCUGACUCUAAACCCAGGUUGUGAAGAGGACCCACUUGGAUUUCUUACGGGAUUGUCAUUGUUUUCCACGUUCACACUUACAUCAGGAACCCACCUGGAAGGGAUGUUACGCAGUGAGUGAGUUUGGGGUCAACCUUCAUUGAUCUCUAAUUAACGCAGCACGCUUUAUCGACGACACUGUCAUUUCCCCACCGCCUCCUCCUGCUUUUCCUCUGCCAUCCAUCAGGCACCCACACGUGGGGGGUACCUAUUUUCGGAUUCUCUGUUCUUUUGUUUUAUUUUCCUCUUUUUUGCACCAGUAACAGAUUGUCACGAUUACCCCGGCUUUAAAAUAUCUCAUUACCGGUCCUGCAACUUCUGCCACGUUUUUCUUCUUUCCUUGCCUCUUCCAGCCCCUUUACAUUUCCAUAUGAAUAGUAGGACCCGCUUGGCAGGCUCCUGGAGAAAACCUUCCGGAAUUCCGACUGGGGUUGCGUUGAAUUCUAUAGCUCAGUUUUAGGACGAUGAAUAACCUCAAAUUCUCGAGUCUUCUAUUCUGUGAACUUACGUCUUAACUGUUCGUUGCCUUAGUAGGAAUCUGAUAUAUUUCUUAUAAACAUAUAUUUAUGACAUAUGUAUCUUAUAUAUAUAUAUAUAUGCACACAUACACACACAUAUAUUCAGUCUGGACUUUCGUUAUUCUUGGCGGGAGAGUUGCUGUGAAACACGUAGCUUCGCCAGUUGCUGAAAGUGGAAAAUCCCUCUUUGGUUCUUGGACGGAGUCAUAAAUUUAUAUUUUUAGCUUCCUCCGGCAGUCAUAACUUUCACAAGACUGCAGCCCGUGAUGCAAAAGGGGAGCUUCCCUUUUAUCUGUUCUAAAUGGAUGUGUUUAUCAAUUCCGCAUCUGUUGUGCAUAGAUCUGGCUGCACCAUCUGGCUGCGUGCCGUGUGCGCUCUCCGCCUCCCCUUUCCAGACCCGCAGCCCUUUUUUUUUGUAAGCCUGUCUCCAUCCUUCCGUCUCUCUCUCUCUCCUUUGAGCCAAGAAUCCCCUGAAUUGUUUCCAGUUUCCCUUCUGUCUUUAGAGGUGACCUGAACUUCAGGCAGCUGGUUACGGGGAUGAAUCAGCGAAAUCGUUAUUAUCCGAAGGAUAAAAAUAAAUGCAUUUCACAAAAGUCACGUUUUGCGGACGUGCGUUCGUUCGUAAGCCUGCCUGCGAUGGUCGGAAGGGCUGACGUUGCACCACGCUGUUGCUAAAAUCUCGUCUCCGAAUUCUCCCCAUGCUUUCUGCCCGCCGUGUAAAGAAGGAAGUACCUAUUUGUAGCCAGUAAGAAUAAGUGGAAUAUUUCCUAUUAAUGUAUCAGUUUAUAUUUCAGUUGUGUAUUGUUUUGAAACAAACCCGUGGGUCUUGUUCAGAAAUGUCAAGUGUGAGUUGAUCGAACUUCUCUUCCUUCGUGAGUUAAAUUUGUGAGUUUCUAAGGCAUCUACAGAAGACAAGCUGGGAAGCCAGAGGAUUAUUUCAUCGUCUCUUAUCAAAUACGUAACUCUGAGUUAGAUCCCUUUCGGGGGAGGAUGCUCUUUCAUGAUGCCCACAUGGAAUCUACUGAUCUGUUCUUUGUCGAGAGAAAUUGAGAUGACGGAAUUGGCAUUUCCCCCCAUGUUUUUGAGAUUACCCACAUCUUUUGGCACUUCUCAUUUGCCAGGCUAAGUGCUUCAUUGGCGGCCCACCCCAACAAAUCUCUGUGCGACAUAAACCCAAGAAGCUUACGAGGUCAUUUAGCAACCAGGGAUGGGCGCCCGAGAAAAAGGAGCUGCUCUUAGCCCCAGUCUUUAAUGUUUUGGAUAACUUUAUCGUUUUGCUUUACACUAUAAUUAUUAAGAACUUAGUUUCAUUUUUGGAUUUCACAUCCAUAAUCAAGAUCUGGAAGAAGGAGCCCAUAUUUUAACUUGCACUACUGAGUUUAGGAGAUGGAAAAAAUUUUUGAAAAAGCGAAUUUGUGAUUACUGUGUUAUCGUCUACAUUUUAAAUAUUUUUUAAUGAAUUUCACCAAUAAUGACUUUUUUGGAGGGGUUGUCUAAGUUCUUACAGCAAACUUAUUUCAGUUUCUUCAUGUUCUGCCUCAGGACAUUUGCACAGGCUGUCCUGGUUUUCUCAGUAUGUUCUUUGGCUCCCUCCAUCUCUACUCAUUCUCUAUCAUUUCAUCCUGUUCAUCCUUCAGAUGUCAUUUUAGGUGCUACUCCUUCAGGAGUACCUUCCCCCUCCUGACAAGGUCGAUGUGACCUUGAUAACAGUGGCUCUCAGUUCUCCAUGCUUUUUCUCCUUAGAAUUUCUCACAGCCUGUCACUUUAGAGGGGUGAUUUGUGGAACAUCCAGCUUUCUCCUUGGACAGUGAGCAUCAGGGUGGGACUCACGCCGUGGAGCCCACUCUGCCGUCUUCAUACCUGCCUUUUGAUGACUCUGUGGGGUCUGCGUGACUCCGUGCCUCGGUUAAUGCAGGAUGAAGCGUACUUUCUCUAUUACCGAAAUGCAGACAUCAUAGAUUUGGGAGCUGAGUCUCGGAGCGGCCGGGCUCCACAUAGGGUCAACUCAAAAUCGCUGGGGCUGUGCCCGGGGAAUCUGCAUUCCAGGGUGGAGACUCAGUUCUGAGGACAGGCAGAGGAGCCUGUGCUGACGCCCAUGUAUUUCUGCGGCGUGCGUGCAGUGAGGAUGGGCCCAUUUGUCAAUGAUCUCUAGUCUCUGUGGCUGACACUCAUUAGGUUCAUGGCAGGAGCCUCUGGACCUUUUGUGGCGCCCCUGCCUGUGCGCACAGGCUUGCUGCUUGACCCUGAAUUCAUCAGGGUAGGCGAGGGGCUGUACCAAUGGUCCCCGGAUGUGGAAAAAUCUCUUUCUUGUUGGUGUUGCCGUCAGCUGGGGAGGCAAAGGCAUGCAGCGUGCCGUCAUCGAGGGAUCCAGGAUCCUCCCGUCGUUCUGCUCCAUCUUCUUGUAGGGCAGCUCUUCCCCGCUGUGGUCCCCUGAGAGAGAAUUAGGGUCUCCUGUGGCAGCCAGUCGUGCAGAUAAUGCACUGAGUUGUCUCCUGCGCGUCUGGGAUGGUCUUAGCUGGGUGCCGUCCUUGGGAGCGUUGAGAAAAUAGUCACUCGAGUCGCUUUUGGUCGAGGUUCAUUUUCUGGCGGGACCCCCGUUGCAACAGGCUGGGGGGACCUUGCUGUUCCCCUGACCUGUGGGGACAGAGGGUAGGAAAAGCACAGAGGGUGAGAAUGAGUCACACAGCCCCGCUUAGAUGCAAGGAGACCGGCGCAGGAGUUUGAUGGGUGCAAGCCCGAGACAAGAGCAGACGGGGGCGUUUUCAGGUGAGCUGUGUUCCUUUAAGGUUUGUUUUUGCAAACUUGUUUUUGCUCUCUCUGUAUGACAGAUGGUAGGCUGGCCUGAAAUUGAGACUAUAGCCGGAGUGAUGGGGGACCCGUUGUCACCACCGUCCCCCCCAACUUGCAGACUCCACAGAGACCCCAGCCACCUCGGUACACCCCACUUACGCUUCUUUGGUGCAUCCGUCUUGCUCAUGGCUCGUUUUUCUUUUCAGCGUGUCUGUGUCCGAUGAAUACCAGAGAACACGCCCUAUGGUUUUCUUCUUCCUCCCCUGACCUUUCUGAGUGGUUUUCCCAGAUGAGUGUAUUGAUGACCCAGGUGGAUAAGGGACCCGCUUGUCUACCCAGAUUUUCCCGCCUCCUCCAUCAUUGUGUUUCCUGUUGGUCGUUUGCUUUAGGAAGAAUUAGGAAAGAAAAAGAUGCAAUGGAUCAUAUCCGCCAUCCCUGGGGCCGGCCGCAUGCACGCACACCAGCCGGUGAUCCCAACUUCCAAGCUGACUGUGUUGAAAUGACUCCGCCUGCUUCUCUUGGUGCCUCCAGCCCGUCUGCUUAUCUGGGGUGCUUGGUCCACGGUUUUUCUCAUCCUUAUUGAUGAUGCCCUUUCUCUCUGUGUGAAAGCAGUUCUGCAAAAGUUAAUUGCCGUCAACUGGAGGGGCUGUGCUGUGUUUUCCUGCAGAGCGAGCAUGGAAACCAACGCACGGCGAUCCAUUGUCUAAAAGGAACAGAAUCAAAGCUGGGAAAUUUGGGGUGGGGGGGGAUGAACGUUUUGAUGCAAAUGGAGCAUGCAAUGAUUUCUUCUUUGAGAGAACGAAGAUGCAUGCUUCCUGUCCCUUUCUCUUACGGAUGUCGACCUCUUAAACUUCAUUCUCUCUGUGGAUGCCUUUAGUGAAAGCGAUUGCUAAUUUUUUUUUUUUUUUUCUCUAACAAUGAUCUAAUAACAUCUUUUGGUCUUUAAGUAAUAGCAGGUAUGGCUCUGGAGCUGAGCAUCGGGGCUAUGAUGAAAAUGAGUACUGAAUCUUGAGUCUUGGUCUGUUUGGGCUGCUAUCGCAAAAAAACUAUAGAGUCGGGGGGGCUUAUAAACAAGAGAAAGUAUUUCUCCCGGUUCUGGAGGCUGCAGGUUCAAGAUCAAGGUGUCUUGUCCAAGAUUUGGUGUCUGUUGAGGACCAGCCUCCUGGCUCACGGAUGACCGUCCUCUUGCUGUGUCCUCAUGGGGUGGGAGGGGUGAGGGAGGUCUCUGGGCUCUCUUUUAUAAGGGCACUAAUGCCACUCAUGGGGGCUCCACCCUCAUGACCUCAUCCCCUCCCCAGAGCCCCACCCCCUAACACCAUCCCAUUGUGGGUUAGGCCUCAACAUCUGAAUUGGGAGGUGGGCACAAAUAUUCAGUUUAUAGCACCAUAUAUUUGGAAUCUGGCCUGCUAGAUAAUAACUAUUUCAGUGUGCGUGACACUUUUACCAGAAUUUCCCCUUGGGGAAAAUGUACACGCUUUUUUCUCCUACUUUGUCAGUCUAGGCAACGCCAAAUGCAGGAUUUGGAACUUAUUUCUAGCGCUCUUGGUGACAGGGUUCCUUCUGAAACUCCACUGGUUUGCACGUGGCACUCGGGCUUGCCUUCCUCGAGGGCAGCCCCUGUGUAAUGAUUUUGAGGCUCUAUGAAUUGGUUAUUGGUGGGUGACGCGGUGUGGGAGUGGUGUUGGGCAGACCUGCCGUGGACAGCUAAGCUGUGCGGUGGGUGAGUUUAUCACCCUCUCUGAGCAUCCAUGCAUUGGUGACAGGGGUGCCUGCCUCCUAGAGCUGGGUCUGGAUGGGACCCUCGUUGGUGCCUGGCUCCUAAGAUUAGCUCCAGUCCUAUCACCAAGGCUGCUCCCAGCGGAUGGCGCCAAGAAGGUCCCCACCUCCUGGGCGAUGCACACGCCUGGGAUGGCGUCCUGGUCAGUUGGGCGCCGUGAGCGCUAGGACACGGACUCUGAGUGGUUCAUUCACUCAUCUGAGGCGCACUGACAUUCUCCUCCUACCCGUCUCUCCGCUGUACCAUGGAUGAUGCUUAUUUGCGAUUUUGCAUAAAUACCCUGUUUCGUAAAAUCGAGAGACUUUGUUGUUUUCUUGGAUACUGACCUCCUCUCCUUAUCACAACGAUGCACUCGCCGUGCCGUUUUCUGCCGAGAGCUGGUUUGGGAUGUGCGACGGGUCCCGUUGAAUUCCAGAAAGUUAUAAUUCCCAGGAAUUUACUAAGCCCAAAUCCUAGUGAUCUAUCCUGGAAGGGAUCUUUUUUAACCUUUGCAACUUCCUUGACCAACAGGAUGGCGCCGUUUGAAUAAUAAAUACGGGAACGAGUGUGGAAAGCAGAACCUUAUCCGUAAAAACUGUUCAAAACCAGUGUGGCACAUGAUCACGGGAGAAAACUACACGCCCAGGGGCACAGAAACUAUGAUUUAACUCUCAGGUGUCCAAUAUAUUUCUCCACAUCCACACAGCAUCUGGGGAAUACCUGAGUCAGCUUUAGUUUCCAACUAAGAUUUAUAAAGUCAACUUUAUAUAUAUAUAUAUAUAUAAAAUAUAUAUACACAUAUAUAUACACAUAUAUGCACACACAACUUUAUAUGCAUAUAUAUAUGAAUUCCUAUCAGGUGCAUAUUUUUGUCUUUUUCUGAUCCCUGGUAAGAAGCGUUUAAAGCGAAUGUCUUUAUUAUUUCUGUUGGCCCAUUUGAGUGCCAACCCAAAGGAAGAUGUGAGUAUGUGUUUGUGUACUGAUAUAUUCUUUCAAACGUAUGCCCUAUGCCGAUAGAAACCCUGCCAUUGCAAGAAGACAACUAUUUCAAUUACUAUUUAAAUGGUUUUGCCAAGCCGUCCAAAAUCUUAUGGGCUUUAUUUCCAUAAGGUGGAAGUUUUCUUCAUUUCACGUAGUUUGGUCGUAUAUAACCAAAUGAUGCAAACAUUGAGGUUUUGGUGGGUGCAAGUAUUUAAUGAACGCAGGGGUGUGUGUGAAAUGGUUUAGUGGCUGGAAAUGAAAACAGUUCCUAGGAAAAAUUGAGCCCACGUAGAGUUAUAAUUUGUAAAAUUUCAAAAAAAUUAGGCCAAAAAAGCAUCUUCUUGGAAUAUCGUAUUAAAUUCGGCGUGCGUUUUGUUCGAAAGGAAAGUGCCGACGACCCGCGCUCUCUCUCUGAGAACUGAGACGGCUAGAUAGGAUGGAUGUGUUAGGUAUCUUUCACUCCUUGACGGACCGCUUCUAAACCCAUCUCCUGUUGGCUUGUCUU